AUGAUCUUAGCAAGAACUCAUGGUCCUGCGAAUGGGAGGGAGGGUUCAUCUUCCUUUCUCGGAUAUCUUACUCCAUCCUUUAAGGAAUCCGUUCAGUCCCUUCACUCUUUAGAGGCUCUUUUUAUACUACCCCCUUUCUUCUAUAUCAAGCUCAAGGAAAGGGCUGGGGCCCACGAAAAUCGGUUUCCACAAAUUGCUCUCCACCUUAGACGCGAUCAAGUGAGCCAAUCUCUCCAUCGCAUUAGAUCGAGAUCGAACCGGACAGAGCGCACUGAACCCGACAGAGGGAGUUUUUCUUUGGCAACCUGGAGAAUGACUAUUUCUGAGAUUAAGGGCAGGAGCGAAGACGGAGCCAGUGCCAGCAGCAUCCCUUACAGAUCCGAAAGUCAAGUCAAAUCGAUAGCGUCAGAUCCACCAAGGGGACAUAGACGAGAGAAGCGCCCAAGCCACAUCACAGCCAACAGCAUCAUCAGACUUUUUUCGCAGCUUCCUUUCGUUCCAUAUCCAGUGAGAGUCCCUGAGCCACGGUGCUACGAUGACACCAGGGGUGCCAAGCAAACCUCACUGUCUUUGUGCAUGGAAACCAACCCUUGUUUAAACACGUGUCUAGUUACAUUCCACCUCUUCGAAGUUGCGUACCAAUCUUCAACAAUUGUCCAACGCAGCUGUCAUUUUGUCGAAAAAAAUGGAUAUAUUAUCUAUAAUAAUAAGGAAAGCGCCCAACUAGCCGAACGCUUCGCUGCGUGGUUAGCAGCUGCUGCUGCGUCAUACAGCGGGUCACUCGAGGCGAAGGUGAUGGCAGUGGAUCCAUCUCUUCUUCAUAUCUGUCGUCAAGUUGAUCCUCCAGCAAGUCUUUCCCUGUUGGCUCCAACGGAGAAGUCGAAGAUCCCUGUGGCGCUGUCAUGUCCCGUUACGCCAGUCUUCUUCUGUCUCUCCUCGCAUGCCCUUGGAACGGGUCGCUCCGCCCCCUCGACCUCCGGUCCUCCACGGACCACGCUCUCUAUCGCCUUCCGUAUGAACGGGGAGCCUGCUACACUACCGUCCCAUACUUAUCCCAAUCUCCGUAUGAGAACACUACACCGCCCUUACUAUCGUUUUUUUAGCUCAGUGCUAGACAUCACUAGGGAUAUGCCGAGAUCGGAUAAAAAGCAAAAGUCUAGCACGCAGAGCAUAAACGUGACACAGACGAUACAGUUGCAGAAAGAUGAAUCAAAGAUUUUUUUCUCCGGCCAGAGAAAAAGGGAAGGAACUGCUCGCUACUACUACACACGAUGUCUUAAGAAAGAUAAGGCCCGGCCCGGAAGGAGAGUCCUAGUCGCCAUAGUCAGAGAUUUAGAUGUAGUUCCGGAUGAUCCAGAUCCAGUCGAUUUAGCAGUCGCGCUCUUGCCCCCGAGUCUUGGUUUGGGAAGCAUAAUGUACUAUCCUACCGACUGGCCAGCGAAUGACGCGAGCGCGACAGGGCGAUUCAUGAUGUCGAGUAAAAAAGGCACGAUCUCGAGGCAAAAGAGUGAAAGUGGGAAUCGGCAUAGGGCGCAGUCAAGACCAUUCUUUCAAAGAGAAAGGUGGAAGUCCUCCGUCGGUGUCCUCCAAGAAGUGCUUUGGAACGAACCUUGUUUUGCUUUGCCUAUUCUUUCUUUAUCCUUUAAGCUUUGUUCUUUCCGUUCUUCACAAGUUCUUUGUCUUCCACUGAUCGAAGCAAUCCAUACCAUGGGAAGAUUGGGACGGUAUGGAUACGAUCCCUUUUAUCCGAAGGGGAGAUUAAAGACUCUCACAAGGUCAAUUUCAUCGAGCCUCGUGAUUAAAGUAUUGAUACAAGGCUGCUAUCGGCAGGAGCAGAAGAUGAAGGAAAGCAGGGCCUAUAAUAGGGCUAGGCUGGACUCUUCCUUCCCCAUUCCCCACAUUCCGGGAGUGCCGGCUCUGUACUCUGUUCGGACCAUAAGACUUGCAACACUGACUUACCGAAAAGACUGA